CCUACAGAAUAUCUCAUGCUGAUUGAUAUAAUGAAAAUAAUGCUGGCAUCCCCUACCUGGCCAUCUGCAUUCAAGCAUCAAGCGUGUUUAUUAAGAAGAUGACAUAGAAGAAAAUUCAAAUGAUGGCAGCCAACCAUCUAAAAGACGCCGCAUGGGCUCCGGUGACAGCUCACGAAGUUGUGAGACUUCAAGUCAAGAUCUUAGUUUUAGUUAUUUUCCAGCUGAAAACCUGAUAGAAUACAAAUGGCCACCCGAUGAAACUGGAGAAUAUUAUAUGCUUCAAGAACAAGUUAGUGAAUACUUGGGGGUAACCUCCUUUAAGCGAAAAUAUCCAGAUUUAGAAAGACGAGAUCUUUCUCACAAAGAGAAACUUUACCUCAGAGAACUAAAUGUUAUUACGGAAACACAGUGUACUUUAG